AGAAAUGGCGUUACGGCCCGUGUAGUGGUAUCGUUUAUUAUUGCAUUUUUCUAACUCGAGAAUAUAAUUGCUAUAAUGAAAGUCAAAAGUUCCAAGAAUUCGCCAUUGAAACAAACAUAAACGUUUUUGCUAUGUCUCCUUAACGUUGUCGUAAUAGUAGAACGCCCUUAUCGAUUUUUGUUAGUGCGGCGAAAUGACUCUCUAUCUAAGUUAAUGCUGCAAAAAGUUCAUCGGUUUUCGAUUUAUAUCCGUAUGUCAAAUUUUCAGCAAUUUUGAUUGCCUAGUGUUGAAACCAAUUACCUGCUCAGUAUGUAAAGUGGUUUUUAAACUGACAGUGUCGUAGUGAAGCAAAAUUACCUGUGAAUCGUGAAAAAUGAUAAAUGAACACGAUUCCGAGUGCGAUUCCGUAUUUUUCAUUUUGAUCAGUCGUGACUCUUCCGGAAAAAGAAAUCAAGGUGCCAUGACUUGUAGACUUGCAUUAUAACAUUUUGAUAAAGCUGCUUGAUUUGAGUAACUCACGCUUAUUCAGGGAUUAAUUUAUAAAUGUAUUCGAAUGAACAUAAGUGAAUAAACGAAAAUGGGAUCACGCUAUGUAAAUGGUACCAUGAAACACGAUGGGGUGUGCUUGUUGCCUCCACCUUCACAUCAUUAUCGCAUGGUACACUCACAAACCCCAAGAGAAAAUUUUCUGGCAAAUCAAAAUUAUGUUCAACAACAACCUAAUCAGGCUUCUACUCAGGGAGUUGCAUUGAGAGGCAUUGCUCAAACGGGGCCUCCAAAUCAGGCACCCACACCGCCUAACCAGGACCUCAAGGUUCAGGCAGUGCCCCAACAAGCACCUAUGCCUUCUCAGCCUAUAUAUCAACAAGGAAGGCAGUUCUACAGUCGACCUCCCCAAGGGAUUGCUACAGGGCCUAUCCAAAACACCAGAAUGACUGGAAAUCCGCAUAGAACUUUUCAAAGCACUCCACAUCAAUUCAUGCAAGUACCUCAAAAUUUAUACUUAAAUUCAAUGAGUUACUAUAAUGCAGCACAAGCACAAAGACAGAGCUUUGUGCAACCACAAGUUACUUUAAUCCAAAGUCAACAGUACCCAGCAUACCAUGCUUUUACUCCUACUCAAAUCCAGCAAACGCCUCAAACUGUUGCAUACCAAUAUUUUCCUAUGGUGAGGCCAGGGCCACCACCUCAGCCUGCGUCCACUCCAUCGAAUCCUAAUCAAGCCCCAAUAGCUACUACAAUACCUUUGCCACAACCUGUUAUUCCUCAACAGACAAUGGCACGACAGCAAAAACAGCGAAGACCUAAUGCUAUAGCUAUUAUAGACCCAAAUACUGGUGAGUUUUCUUCAAAAGACGAUUACAGUAGCACCAUUCAAAACCAACGAAGACCUAACGCUCAGGCUCUUAUAGACCCUAAUAUGUUUAGUUCAAAAGGGGAUUAUAAUAGCACCAAUAGAAAACAGCGAAGACCUAACGCUAUAUCUAUUAUAGACCCUAGUACUGGUGCGGAUAAAUUAGAUGAAAUUUUUGAUGACAAUUCUCAUACACCCUCUGGUGAAUCCUCUGCUAGACAAACGCCACAACCAUCUUCUCACAACCCAAACAAAGAAGUACAGGCACCUUAUGAAAAAUAUUAUUUUGGAAAUGAAGAAUUGAUAAUAGAAUUCGAUGGAGCCCCUCCUCGGGCAAAGAAAGUCACUGAAAGAACAGAUGAUUAUCAUGAAAUACCAUAUAUCAUGGCUUCUACAACAGAACCUCCACCCCCUUCCCGUAAUAAUGCUAAAUUUGACCAUUUAGCCCAAACCAGUACCUUGAAGGCCCACGCUAAGGAAUUUGUAUUAUCUUCAGCCAAAGAACCUCCAGUUGUUUCAGCAAAUUGUGACUCAGUCGAAGUAACACUCAAUAAACUUCAGAAAGGCAGAGAAAGUCCUGUCAAAGGAAGAAAACCUAAGGAUCAUCAUAAGGAAUCGGUUAAAGAGAUCCAUCCAGUUAAAGAGGUUCAUCAGCCAGAAAAACAACAAAUUCCUGUAGUGAAAGAAGAAACUGAGGCACCUUUAGUGAAACUCAAAGAGACAACACCCCCUAAUAAUAAUCAACAUAGUUCAAAAGUAACUGAAAAAGAAAAUGACAAGAGGAAAAAGGACAACAAAUCGGAUAACAAACAAGUAACCGAAACCAGUUCAAAUGAUACUGUAAAACAGGCAGUUCAGAAUCAAGAGCAUGAAACAACACAUGGUGCUCCUGCUAAAUCGAAACAGAACACAAAUCAGAAGAAAGAUAAUCAUAAUAAGACUAAUAAUCAACGACCAAAUCCUAGUAAUGUUCCGCUACCGCAACCAGCCAAGUCGAAUAGCAAAACGAUAAAAAAAAAUGAGCUCAAUUCGAAGGGUGCCAGUAAGGAAGGCAAUGAUAUGGAUGUCUUCCAAAUCGCAGAUGCAGUAAAUGCUAACGUGCCACCACCUGCAACUACCACAAUACCUACAACAAAUAAUAAUGAUGUUAUUAAUGCAAAUGCCCCUGCUACGGACAAUGUGACUCCUACCCCUGCUGACCAGAAUGCUGCUAAUGAUGUAGCAACCAAAGUCGAAAGCAAUAAUGUCCCGGUGAAACCCACCCCUGAAGUUAAAACUGCCCAGAAAAGAUGGGACGUGACCAAUGUGUUUAAGGGUAGAUUACCCGAACCCUCACCAUAUUUACCUUCAUCGACUGAAAUUAACCAAGAUGAGACUGAUAGAUCCGUUGUCACUAAUGACAAGUCUGCGCAGGCUGCUAAUGAGGCUGCUGCCCAAGUUCCCACUCAAGUUGCGGAAAAGAAGCCAGACUUGCCUUAUAGAGAAGGACAAUGGUCACCUUUCAAUGUGGAUGGCAAUAAAAAAUAUGAUCGAGACUUCCUUAUGGCAGUAAGGAAUCUUCCAAAUGCAAGAGUUAAACCAGCGAAUCUUCCAGAAAACUUGGAGUAUUCAGAGGGAUCCAGACAGAGAGAUUCAAAUAAUCGUGAUAUGCGUUUCUCAAGCAUGGGCAAAGAUUUUACCACUCCACCAUUUAUGCCAUUUGGAGGAAAGAAUUCUUCAAUGAAAGGAUCUUCAAUAACAAAGCACCCUAGCUUAAGUGGAAAGAUGGGUAAUAAAGGUGGUAAAUCAGUAAAUGGAGGUAAUAAGAUUUCCAUCUCAUUGAGAGAAGAUAUCAAACUUCACGAAACAGAAAAUGCCUGGAAGCCUGGUCGCUUGGCUAAGGCUGAAAAUAAAUCUGAUGAGGUCAAAAAAACUGAAGAAUUAUAUAAAAAAGUCCGUGGUGUUCUCAAUAAAUUAACACCACAAAAAUUCGACACACUUCUGAAUCAAAUCAAAGCUCUGAAUGUGGAUACCAUUGAAAGAUUACAAGGUGUUAUAAAUUUAGUCUUUGAAAAAGCUAUUGAUGAACCUAGUUUCGCUGUUGCUUACGCUAAAAUGUGCAUGGAGCUGGCUAUGAUGCAGGUAACACGAAAAAACAAUGAGGGUAAAGAAGAGUCACUUAACUUCCGAAAAUUGCUUAUAACCCGAUGCCAGGAGGAAUUUGAAAAGCAGUCAUUAGAUGAAGAUGACACUAUAGCUAAAAUUAAUGAAAUUGCAGCAACUACUGAGGAUCCUGUUAAGAAAAAAGAAGUAGCUGAUGAAUUAGAAGACUAUUUGAGGAAACUUCGUAGAAGAUCGGUUGGUAAUGUUAGGUUUAUUGGUGAACUUUUCAAGAUAAAUAUGUUGACAAGCAAUAUUAUGACUGUUUGUGUAACAGUUUUACUGAAGCAUAGAGAUGAAGAGAGCUUAGAAUGUUUAUGUAGGUUGCUCACUACAAUAGGCAGCAAGCUUGAAGAAACUAAAGAUCUGGAACUCUAUUUCAAAGAAAUGCAAGCUAUUGUUGAUAGAAAAAAUAGAGAGACUAAGGAUGGCAAAGAUUCUAAGGAGGGCAAAGAUUCUAAAGAUAGCAAAGAUACUAAAGAUAGCAAAGAUACUAAAAAUGGCAAAGACACUAAAAAUGGUAAAGAUACUAAAGACAGUAAAGAUACUAAAGACAGUAAAGAUUCUAAAGACAAUAAAAAUUCUAAAGAUGAGAAAGAUUCUAAAGAUACAAAAGAAAAUAAAGAAGUUGUUAGCAGUCGUAUCAGGUUCAUGCUUCAGGAUGUGAUUGAUCUUAGGAAAAAUAAAUGGGUACCUCGUCGUCAAGAUGCUGGUCCCAAAACGAUUGAUCAAAUAGCAAAGGAUGUUGCAACAGAGCAUCUUAAUUCACAGAUCUUCAAUUCUGUUCCUAGCACUCCACGCCGAGAUGAAAGGGAUAUGGGUAGAGGUGGUAAAAUGCGUAAUAAUAAUCAAGACGAGUGGCAUAAUCACCAGAAGCCAACAUCAUUCAAUUUAAAUAAGGAUAAACUGAAAAUGAACGUACCAAGUGGAGAUGAGACGCUUGGACAAUCAGCAAUGUUCAAAAUAUGGAACAAAGGAUCUACAAUCAAACCUCCUCCAGUUCAGACACAAGCUCAGACAGCCACUUCUAAUAGAUUCUCUAUUUUGGAAAACACCAACAUCUUAGAUAAUGAUAAGAAGAUGUCAGGUGGCAAUGGUGGAGGUAGAUACAGAGAUUCUGCUUAUCACUCGAAGGGAUCAAGCUUGGAGCGUGGUAGCUAUGGUAGGCAAAAUUAUGACAAGAGGGGAGGGUCUCGAUCGGGAUCUCAGCAUAGAAUUAACGAUGGUGCUGGUCCUUCAGGACUCAACAUGGCAGGACCCAGCUCGUCCAUGUCACGUGCCCCUGUUCCCCCUCAGGCUGCUGUCAAACCACCUACCCCUCCCCCAAGCACAGUUACUCCAACUAUGACUGAAGAUCAAAUGAAGAGAUUUUGUAAAAAUAGUUUUGAAGAAUACAUUAAUGAUAAUUGUACAUUUGAAGAGUGCGAGAUUGAUAUUAGAACCAAAAUUCCCUCAACAUAUAUGGCUCUAAUGGUUUCUGAUGCUAUUUUGGAUAUAUUAGAGACGUCUAGGACAAAGCGAAUGAAAUUAGGUUUAUUACUCGGAAAACUCUUGGCAAGUACCACCCUGCCAUUGAAUGAGUUGUGUCAAGCAUUAGAAGAUAUCUUUAGUCAAGUAGAAGAUCUUAUAAUUGAUAUUCCAACAAUAUGGGCCUGCUUGUCUGAAAUUUUAGUACCAAUCAUCAUUGAGGGGGCGCUACCUUUAACCACAUUACACAAGUGUUGCAAAGUACUGAUUAAUAUUGGAUUAUGUGAUAAAAUGCUACUAGCAAUAUUCAAACUUAUUGUCUGUGAAAAAGGCCCUAAUUACUUAAAAGAAUUGUGGCAAUCUUCCCAAUUGAAAUUAACUGAUUUCAUGUCUGAAAGCUUAGCUGCAAAUUUCAUUGAAAAUAAUCAAUUGGAAUUCCUUAAUGGGGGAACACCCGCACAAGGCAACUCUGAGCUUAACUACGAGCAAAUUGAGAACAAACUCCUUGGAUUCUUCGAAUCAAAUGUUCCAUUUGAUGAUAUCUGUAUGUGGAUUACGGCUAAUGUGGGCCAAAGGGUAGAAGAGAAUUCAUUCAUUAGGACGUUAGCUACAGCCAUUUAUAAACAUUCAAUAUUCCGUCUUAAACUGAAUCCUGAACGUUUAAGCAAACUUUCUAAAUUGUUCAGCAAAUAUGUUGAUAACAAUUCAACAUAUGAACUUCAAUGUUUAUACGCGUUGCAAUCAUUAGUUAAUCAGUUAGAGCAUCCUCAAGGUGUGUUAUUAUCAAUUUUCAACAAAUUGAGCGAAGAUUCCAUUUUUGCACAAGAAAGUUUCCUAUCAUGGGAGAAUAGUAAAGAUGCAGCUGAACAAGAAGGCAAAGGUGUUGCAUUGAAGCAACUUACCGCCUUCUUCACCCAGUUGAAAGAAAAUGAUGAUGAUGAAUAUGUGUCUACUGGUUCUGAAGAAGCUUAGCAGUAUAUGGCAGCGCCAGUGGUGGCUUCUAAUUAGUGCAACGCGUGUUGAAAAAUAACUAACGUGACACAUGUGUGAAAAAAAUACUAAGUGACUUUUUGAAAACUUAGAUAAAAAUUUAUACUGUUGUUUAUAUUAUAUAUACAAAUUUAAUAAUGUAAGAAUGCGCCCGAGCUGACAUGGUUAUAUAAAAAUAGUACGGGCUAGAAACGGAUGUUAUUCAAGUGCCCUCGAUCAAUGGACCUAAAAAAUUUAAGUAGUAAGUGAUUAUAUGCAGUGGAAGAGACUUUGAGUAUACCCUUUGCUCCUUUUAAUAUUUCUUUCAGACAAUACCCAGCGGGCAAUGGGAAUAUUUUAUACAUAUUAUUGUCCCUUAUUAUUUAUAUAUAUUUUAUAUUCCUAUUUAAUAAUUCCUCUUUUUAUUGUUCAUAUCGAAUUUUUCCAAAAAUGAGCUUGCUUCCAAAUGAUGAGUGCUUAACAUUUUUGUAACUCACAAUGCAUGAGAUGAGUUACAAUAAACGAGCGAUAAAAAAAAUCAAUUUCUAAAGAAUGAGGGUUUUCCAAAUUACUGUUUCAACAUCAAUUGAAUUGUUCAGGAUCAAAAUCAAUUUUGUUCCUAUAGCUGCUCAAUUUUGGAACACUUUCUAGUAACAUUUUUAAUUGCUGGUGUCCUUCAAACAUGGCCCGCUGGGCUUUGACAUGCUCCCGGAAAUUUUAUGGUCGGGCCGGGACGACACAUACCAUGUUUUAUGUUUGUUAAAAAUUUGUUACAGCAUCAUUAUGUUAAGUUAUAUAUACAUAUUAUAGGUAUAAUUGUUCUGUAUAAUAAAAUAUACAGUUGCACAUUUCAGUUUUAGAUUUCGGUCAUAUCUUCUCUUUAGAAGUUUCACUAGGACUGAAUUUUUUUUUGCCUGCGCAAUAUUGUCUAAGAGUAGUGGAAAACGUGCUUCUAGUUUUGAUCUAUGUUAUUUUGCUCUUCAUCUAUCAAAGUAGAAAAUUGGUGGUAUUGUCUCAUGCUAUGAUGAAUAACAUACAUUGUUUGGUGAAUAUUUAUGUUAUUACUUUUACUCAGUAUUCAAAUUGUUGAAUUAAACUAAAAUUGUUUGCGUCAUAAACUAUUUCCUGCAAAGUAUAUAGAAUAAUCUCCAUAUAUCUAAAAUUAAAUUUAGGUCCUCUAAAUGACAACCACUAGUAAUGUUGAAAAAACAGCAUGACCAAAUUUUCGUGAAAACUGCUUGAUAAAUAUAGUGACAUCUGAAGACAAUUCUACUAAUUUUACUUUGAUUGUGACAUCUUGAAAUCACAGUUUUAAAAGGAUGAAUUUUUUUCAGUGACAUUUUCCACUACUCGCAGAGAAUCGUUCUAGGUUGAAAUUUUGGAAUCUUUGAAAAUGUGUUUCUUUCCAAUUGCCUCAUAUUGAAAAUGUAUUCUAAAUGGAAUAUUUUGCAUGUGAUCGAAUUGAUUUUAUCUGAAACUGCCUUUUGCAGCUGUCUAGUCCCAUCUUCGGUUUUUCGAAAUAUUGUAUAUAUUUUUUUAUUUUCACAAAGCAUAUACAGUAUUUUUCUGACCAUACAUGUAUAUAAAACCUUAAAAAAAUGAAAAAAACACAAAAACUAAUUAUCGCCAUAUUUCUGGUUAUAAAUAUACUAAAAUGCCACCGUUUGUGAAAUGGUACUCUGAAAAUUUUAUAGAACCUGUCGCUUUGGUGCAGUUUAUCUGUGAUAAAUCUACAUUACUUGCGACGAGCGCGGAUGAUGCAGUUUGAGACUAUCCGGAAGCAGUAGUAUGAUUAUUCAUAUAUUCACCGAACACGACUAACCCCCUUCCCUGAUCUAUUAGAGUUUGUGUCUUAGGACUGAAAACACAAGUCUUCCUGAGCCCCCUUUCGCCCCCAAUCGAUUUUCGACGUUAAAUCUGUGGGAACUAUCCAUUUGAAUAAUUCUUGCAAUCCUUACGUGUUGUAAUAGUACCAAGAAAUUAAUUUCUUUUUAAUAUAAUGCCACAUUAGUGAAGCCGAUUGUAUUCACAUUGAUAGUAGACUGUUUUCAUCAUUAUUGAAUAAAUGGUUCGUGGUAUUAUAAAUGCCCUGUAAAUAUGAGUUUUUUUUAAUGAACUUGAAUGAAUAAUAUUAGAUACGCCAACUCAAUACAAUUUUCCAAUUAAAAUUGAAGAAGCUCCAUCAAGAAUUUUCAUGUUGGUAAUUUUCAAAAUGUGAAUGUUAUAUUAAUAUGCAAUUUCAAGAAGAAUCUGAUUUUGACAUAUUUUGAGUGGCUGUGAUUUUAGUAAUUUUUCCAGAAUAUAUGGCUUUAUUAAUGGAUGAUCUUAUAUGAAAUGAAGGUGACAGAGUCCUCUGAAUUGCUAUUUAUAAUUGUAUUUUUUAAUUUUAAAAUUAUUUGUAAUAUAGUGAAUUUCUCGCAAAUUGUUAGGACUUUGUCUGUAUUUGAGCUGCUAAAAUUAUUCAAGGUACUGGUUUCCUGAAUAAUAAUCAGGGAUUGAUAAGAAUUAUUUAAUUACGAUUGAUUUCUCAUACGUAAAUGUUGAGACAGAUUUUGCCAAACUGUUAUCGAACAUUUAUAUUAAUACCGAUUCUACGAGACGAUUAAAACAAAAGAUUACCAACUCUCAAA